GAGAGCCCGACGAUCAGUCCCCUCGUCUAGGUCAUGAUGUUCUGCAUGUACCAAGCCAACAACGCCUCUUCAAGCUCGAAGCUGCCCCUCUCGCCUUCCCCUCACUUCUUCGCCUCCCGAGCUUCGAACUCUCAUCGCAUUCCUCAACUUCAAGGCGUCGUUGCACCGUCUGUCCCUUGUCGCUGCACUACCAACCACCACCAACCGUCUUUCCGCCGGAAACGCCCUCCACUGCCCGCAACCGCUGCCCUGGCCGUCCAUAGUAUUAGCCACAGCCCAGGCGCUAACCGCCCAGGCCACUAACUAUCUCCCUGGCAGCACAGCACAGGCCACUCACCCCACCCGCCCGCUAGUUGCCUUAGUUGUGCCACCAGCUGGAAACCACCAGCUCCCCGAAGCUCUGACGCAAGGAUCCCGCCCCCGAUCGAUCAGGCUUUGCCAUCAUUUUGCGCAAAUCUCUCCCAGCCUCGUCCCUCCAGCUUCUGCGCUCUCAAAAUCCGGCCAAUCGCCCCCGGCGAGCAUUGUCCCAGCUUCGCAGUCGUAUUCUGCAGCUUCGGCACGGUGCUUUCCGCAUAGUCGCCUCUCUGCCUGAGCCUUCCCCCCCCCCUGCUUAGCUGAGGCCGACGACGCUCGCCUCACGCACCCUCGCCAUGGCCUCCGAUGAAGGGGCCGCGCCGGCUCGCGAUGUCAAGAACCACCUCCUCUUUGAGAUUGCCACCGAGGUUGCCCAUCGAGUCGGCGGCAUCUAUUCCGUCAUCAAAUCCAAGGCGCCCGUCACCACCGCUGAAUAUGGGGACCGCUAUACCCUCAUCGGCCCGCUGAACCACCAAUCGGCUGCGGUCGAGGUGGAGGAGAUGGAGCCUACCAACCCGGAGAUUGCGGCUUCCAUGCAGUCCAUGAAGGAUCGCGGCAUCGGCAUGCUCUACGGCCGCUGGCUGAUCGAGGGUGCCCCGAGGGUCCUCCUCAUCGACACCAAGACGGCCUACGGCUACAUGAACGAGUGGAAGGGCGACCUGUGGAACAUUGCCAGCAUCCCGUCGCCGCCCAACGACGACGAGACCAACGAGGCCAUCGUCUUUGGCUAUCUCGUCGCCUGGUUCCUGGGAGAGUUUGUGGUGCACGAGAAGAAGAAGGCCGUCAUUGCUCACUUCCACGAGUGGCUGGCCGGUGUCGGCCUGCCGCUCUGCAAGAAGCGGCGCAUCGAUGUCACCACCAUUUUCACGACGCACGCCACGCUCCUCGGCCGCUACCUGUGCGCCGGUUCCGUCGACUUCUACAACAACUUGCAGUACUUUGACGUUGACGCCGAGGCGGGCAAGCGCGGCAUCUACCACCGCUACUGUAUCGAGCGCGCGGCGGCGCAUUCGUGCGACGUCUUCACCACCGUCUCACACAUCACCGCCUUUGAGUCGGAGCAUCUGCUCAAGCGCAAGCCCGACGGCGUCCUGCCCAACGGCCUCAACGUCACCAAGUUCUCAGCCGUCCACGAGUUCCAGAACCUACAUCAGCAGGCCAAGGAAAAGAUCCAUGACUUUGUGCGCGGGCACUUUUAUGGCCACUACGACUUUGACCCAGAGAACACACUCUUCCUAUUCACGGCGGGCCGCUACGAGUUCCGCAAUAAGGGCGUCGACAUGUUCAUCGAGUCGCUCGCUCGCCUCAACCACCGCCUCAAGAACGCCAACAGCAAGGUGACAGUCGUGGCAUUUGUCAUCAUGCCUGCGCAGACUACGUCACUAACGGUCGAGGCGCUCAAGGGCCAGGCCGUCAUCAAGUCGCUGCGGGACACGACGCACGUCAUUGAGCAGAGCAUCGGCCGGCGGCUGUUCGAGCGGUCCCUCAAGUGGCACGAGGGCGACCCGAUGCCCGACGAAAAGGAGCUCAUCUCGGGACAGGACCGCGUGCUGCUGCGGCGCCGCCUCUUCGCCAUGAAGCGCAGCGGCCUGCCGCCCAUUGUCACGCACAACAUGGUCAACGACCACGAGGAUCCAGUCCUCAACCAGAUCCGUCGGGUGCAGCUCUUCAACCACCCGUCGGACCGCGUCAAGAUCAUCUUCCAUCCCGAGUUCCUCAACUCGGCCAACCCGGUGCUGCCCCUCGACUACGACGACUUUGUGCGCGGCUGCCACCUCGGCGUCUUCGCGUCCUACUACGAGCCCUGGGGGUACACGCCGGCCGAGUGCACCGUCAUGGGCGUGCCGAGCAUCACCACCAACCUGUCUGGGUUCGGCUGCUAUAUGGAGGAGCUGAUCGAGAACUCGAGCGACUACGGCAUCUACAUUGUCGACAGGCGGACCAAGGGUGUCGACGACUCGGUGAACCAGCUGACGUCGUACAUGUACGAUUUUUGUGGCAAGAGCCGGCGCCAGCGCAUCAACCAGCGGAACCGCACCGAGCGGCUCAGCGAUCUGCUCGACUGGAAGCGCAUGGGCAUGGAGUACGUCAAGGCGCGCCAGCUGGCGCUGCGGCGGGCGUACCCGGCCUCCUUCAGUGGCGUCGAGGACGACGAGGACGAUUACAUCCCCGGCGUGGAACAAAAGAUUUCGCGGCCGUUCUCGGUCCCAGGCUCGCCCAGGGACAGGACGGGCAUGAUGACGCCGGGCGACUUUGCCAGCCUGCAGGAGGGCCGCGAGGGCUUGAACACGGAGGACUACGUUGCGUGGAAGCUGCCAGACGAGGAAGAUCCCGACGAGUACCCUUUCCCGCUGACGCUGCGGUCGAAGCAGGCGCCGGCCGAGACGGCAGCCGUCGAGGCCACGUUGAACGGGAGCUGACGCCGCGACUGCGACGUCGGUUGAGUGCAUCGCAUACAUCUCGGCAGUUCUGCCGUGGUGGUUCCUGUAGUAAAUUGUCCGUGCGUGUUGAUUAUGCACUUGCUUCGAUCUUUUGAUCUUGAACAUUGACCAUGGGGGUGACUCAGAGGAGGGGAUGGAAUGGGGUUGUACCGCCGCUAGGCCACGGGGGGGGCAUAUCAGAUUAUUCAGUUUCCGCGUGCAGUUGUCAGGUUGGAGGAGCACUCUCGCAUAGCAUUGUACCGAUAUUUCUCUCGUAUUCGACGGCCGCUCCGCGCUGGUGACGUGACGAGUACAGGCUUGCACGUGGAUACAUACGUAAAACACCAUCACCAUUC